UGGGCGGAGAGAGCGCUUUGACGUCAAGAGGAAAUGGUGCUGGGCUCGUACUGUGCGCAGAGGACGUCCCCGGCUGUAAACAGUCCGGUAAAACUGUUUUUCGUUCACUCUCCGUGACUAGUACAGCGGUUAAAGUAAUCUGUCGGUGUCGUUAGCAGUCAGCCACAAUAUACCGGAUGCGACAGCUGUCUGAAGAGGAAGAGAUUUCCAAUGUGAAGCGCCGACAGGUACCCGUGGAGCCUAGUGUUUGGACCAGAAGGAUGCAGUGGUGGCAGUAUUCAGUUUGCUGUAAAUUAUAGGCCUGACAGAUGUGUGACAGAUGUGUGUAGGAGGUGAAGGGGGGGGGAUGAGCAGGAUCUUUAGAGCAAUGGAUGUAAGACUGUCCACUAUGACGAAAAGAACCAAGAAAGUGCAGGAGGAAGAGGACACUUUAUGCUGCUGUGAAUAUGUGAACGGACAGGGUGAGCGCAGUCACAUGGGAGCCUGCUGCUGUGACUGUGAGGACCUGGAUGAUGCGUGUGACAGGUGAUUACAGGUUUUUGAAAAGAGAGCCCCAGAAACCCGACUCCUUCUCUAAAGUCGCUGAGGUCUUGACAGACAGGAUUCGUGUGCCGUGGCUGUGGGGUGGAGCCAGGAAAGUUGACCUGUCAAUCAUCCCUCCACUUCUACUUCUCCCUAUUCUUUUGCACGUUGCUGCUCUGCACUUCCUGUUGGGGGUGUUAGUGCUCACAGCUCUGCCUGGCCUGGUGCUGUGGUAUUACUACAUCACUCAUCGUAAAAAGGGGCGGACACUCUUCUUCCUCAGUCUGGCUCUUUUCUCUCUGGCAUACAUGUACUACUUGUUUGUCACUGUGGUGGUCCCCCGUGGAGACAUUGGCAUGUUUCAACUGGCAAUAAUAACUCUUGGCGUCAUGUCCACUCUGGCAGCACUCAUCCGAACUAAAAAAGGUCCCGGGGUGGUAUUGCAGAAUCGAGAGGCCUGUCAUAGCACUGUUACUUAUUACGCUCCUCUGCCAGAGAAAGACCCAGCCAUGAACGGUGGGAAGCAUGAAGUAAUGUUGAUGGAGCGGGCUGAAGUAUCAGAGCCAACAGGAGCAGAGCUAAAGGAAAGUCAUCGUAAAAACUGGUGUCCCAUGUGCAGAGUGGUACGGCCUCCUCGGGCAGGACACUGCCGGAUCUGUGGGGUUUGUGUCCUGCGUCUGGACCACCACUGUGUCUGGAUUAACAGCUGUGUGGGCCAGGCCAAUCACCUCAGUUUCCUUCUAACUCUCAUCUUGUUCCUACUGACCUCCCUGUAUGGGAUCUGCCUGGUGCUGCAGAGUGUGUGUCCAAAACAACACAUUUUCAAAGCUCUUCUCUACUGCCCAGGGGUCUACAGCGAGUUCAAGACUGCACUGUGCUUCACCUGUGCGUGGUACAGCAGCAUUGUGACUGGAGGGCUGCUUCACCUGCUCCUGGUGCAGGUGAUCAACAUCAGCUACAAUGUGACAGAACGAGAGGCUCGCAUCGCCCUGCGGGAGAAAAGUGCCCAAAGUGCCUUUUGGGGACUCAUAGUUGACACACGAAUCUACUCCAGAGGAUUCUGGCUAAACUGGUCUGAAUUUGUAUUAAUGGGAGAUAAAGUGAAUCUCACCUCUUUUAUUCCAGCAGAUGUGGUUUAGUGGACUGAGCCUUGUGCUGCAGUACUGUUUGUGUGCACUGGAUGGCAGCAUGAUCCCUUCUACUCAUCACUUUAUUGGUCUCUUGCUGAAACCACUCCAGAGAUCUGCAAAGACUGUUAUCAGCCACCCUUUAAUGCAGCUUCGGUUACCACAGCAUGGGACUUGCCCCCAAGUUGGCCUGACACAUAGCAAUAACAAGAUAUAUCGACUGCCUUUUAUGAGGCAUACAUCAGGAACCUCUUUCUUUACUGCUGGUGUGACUCUGUGACCCCUAAAACUCACCGCCUCAUCCCACUUUUUAUAUCGUUGUUGUAGUCUGUAUCCUUUAGCUCCAGUGUCUUCCUUGAACUUGUAUGUUCCCAGACCUCCUGUACUGUUGUGCCUUAAAGAGGGUGUAUUAACGGUUACCUUUUUAUUGUUUUGAAACUCACUUUUGUCCAAAAUCACUCUAUAUCACUCUAGUGCUAUCACGUUACAAUUGGCCUGUGUUCUGCUAAUGAAACUACUACAGGUCACAUCAAGUUUGUAAAGCUGUAAUGGAUUGUUUUGUAUCAUACUUUUGUAUAUUUAUGGAGAAAUGUGUUGGAGCAUUGGACAAAUCUUAUAACUAACCGUAGGAGGUUGUAUAUAGUGCUCGGGAGAGACUGCUGAAUUAGUCAAACAUACAUGGAUGACAUCUAAAACUACUUCAGGCAUGUUUUGAUAAGUGAACAAAAACUUGAUUUUGCAUAAUACCCCCUUUAAAGACAAGGGGAAUUUAUCAACAUGAGCACACACUAAUGAGACAUUUUCACAUCUUCAAAAAUAUUGUUUUUCAAAAAAACUAUAUUUGGUCUAGAACUGUUUGUUUCUGGACUGGCUUCAUGCCCUCUUUCUUCUCUUCACAAUUAUCCUCUCAUCAGUAUGCAGUCAUCAAAAGUGUCAUGGUCAUUUAUUACAGAGCGCACUAGAUUAUUUAGCUAAUUAGUGUUUUACAGCGUGCCGUUCUAUUAAUAAUUUGGAUCGACAGAGAUAUAAAUGGCACCUUUUUAAAACUGACUCAUUUCAAGAUUUAACUGGUCUGUAAGACCACCACUGAAGGAAAAGGAGGUAAAUCAAUACAAAUUAAUGUCUACCAGAGAAAUAAGAUUCUGCCUUUUAGCGCUUUAUGUUAUAGCUGUUUUAUUGGUCUUCAAAGGAAUGAUUGCUUUUUUUAUAACUCGACACUCACACUCAUUUGGUUAUGUGUAUGUAUAAAAGUAUUUUAAUUUAUUGUCAUUAAACAAAAGCUGUGUAAGAA